AUGCUCUCCCGCUCUCUCCGCAUUCACUCAUCUCGGACCAGCUUUCGCAGUUCUCUUCCAUCUCGGUCUCUCGUCACCCAAUUCUUGCAUACAGGUCCGCACUCGCGUCUGACCGGAGUCCGAACGCUGGCGACUACGGGCAUCUCCUCUCGAUCAGCUUUGAACCACUCCGGCUCCCGGUUGUCCUCGAUCUCGCGACACUUUUCAUCCUCGUCUCCCGUGUCAGAGAACAAGACGUCCUCUACAAUGGCUCCCGUUGAGGUUCAGCAGUAUGACUAUAUUGUCCUGGGUGGUGGUAGCGGUGGUAGUGGUAGCGCCCGUCGUGCCGCCGGCUGGUACAAGGCGAAGACUCUGAUCGUUGAGAGCGGCCGAUCUGGUGGCACUUGCGUGAACGUUGGCUGCGUUCCCAAGAAGAUGACAUGGAACUUUGCCUCGAUCAAUGAGGUGAUGGAGGGUGCCAAGCAUUACGGCUACGACAUUCCCGAGGGCACCAAGAUCAACUACAAACACUUCAAGGACACCCGCGAUGCCGAGGUCACCAGACUCAAUGGUAUCUACGAGCGCAACUGGAACAAGGAGGGGAUCGACCUCGUCCACGGACGUGCCCGCUUCGUGGAGCCCAAGGUGAUCGAGGUUGGUCUGUCCGACGGCACCACCGCUCGGUAUAGCGCACCUCACAUUUUGAUCGCCACCGGUGGCCGGCCCAACCUGCCCGACGUGCCCGGUGCUGAGCACGGUAUCACCAGCGACGGCUUCUUUGAGAUGGACGAAAUGCCUCCCAAGGUUGCCGUCGUCGGCGCCGGUUACAUUGCUGUGGAGUUGGCUGGUGUGAUGAACGCCGUCAGCGUGGAGACUCACAUGUUCAUUCGGGGUGACACGUUCCUGCGCAAGUUUGAUCCUAUGGUGCAGAACACCAUGACCAACCGCUACGAGGCCGCGGGCGUGAAGAUUCACCGCAAGCACCAGGGCUUCAAGGAGAUCCAGCUUGUCCGCGAUGGCAAGGGCAAGGACAAGCUCCUCAAGCUCAUCAGUAACGACGGAUCCGAGCUAGAAGUGAACGAGAUUUUGUGGGCCGUCGGUCGGGCCCCCGAGGUCGAGGAUCUGCACCUGGACAUUCCCGGUGUGAAGCUGAACACUAGCGGUCACAUCAUUGUGGACGAGUACCAAAACACCUCGGUCCAGGGUGUCUAUGCUAUCGGUGAUGUGACGGGCCAGGCUGAGCUGACUCCAGUUGCCAUUGCCGCUGGUCGUCAUCUGGGCAGCCGCCUCUUUGGCCCUCCCGAGCUCAAGGCCUCCAAGCUCAACUAUGACAACAUCCCCACCGUCGUCUUCUCCCACCCCGAAGUCGGUACCGUUGGUUUGACCGAGCCUGAGGCUCGCGAGCGCUACGGUGACGAUAAGAUCAAGGUCUACCACACCAAGUUCACGGCCAUGUACUACAGCGUGAUGCCGCAAGAGGAGAAGGCCAAGAACCCCACCGAGAUGAAAAUCAUCUGCGCCGGUCCUCAGGAGAAGGUUGUCGGUCUGCACAUUCUCGGCCUCGGAGUCGGUGAGAUGCUCCAGGGCUUCGGUGUUGCCGUGAAGAUGGGUGCGACCAAGGCCGACUUUGACAGCUGUGUGGCCAUUCACCCAACCAGCGCGGAGGAGUUGGUCACCAUGCGGUAA